AUGCACUCGUCGCUGGUACGGAUACAGAAUGUGUUCGGCUUCUUCACGACUGUAGCCUUCACUCUGGGCGCGUUGAUCGCGCUGAGUGUCGUCGUCUCGCAUCAAAACCCGUCGGCGGAGCUCGAGCUACGCAAUGUUCAGGUAGUCAAGGGUCGUCCUCACUACUACAGUACCAAGAAGGAGGAAUAUGCACACAUCAAGUUCGACCUCGAGACUGACCUCACCUCCCUCUUCUCCUGGAACACCAAACAAGUCUUUGUCUACGUAACCGCGACUUUCCCUUCCAAGUCUCCUCUCUCACCUCCCUCGGAAGCCAUCAUCUGGGACGCCAUCAUCCCCGCUCCUUCGGAGCCCUGGCACGAAAACACAUACAUCCACCCCCAAAAGUCGCGCAAGCAACCCAACCGCCGCCAAGUCACCAAGGAGGCAAACUUCAAGGCCUACCCCGAAGGCGCUGCCCCUGGAAUCCUGAAGCUCUCGAACCAAAAGCCAAAGUACCAAAUCACUACACCCUGGUCCAAGAUUGGAGGAGCAGAGAACUGUACUUUGCAGUUGAAGUAUAACGUGCAGCCGUGGGUUGGCGCUUUGUAUUGGAGCACUCCCAGGCCAUUCGGAAUGUGGGAGGGUCUGCAGGGAGCUAUGAGUGAUGUCUUCCAGAUGCCGUUUGUCAAGAACUCUGCACAGGCUUCCAAGAGCAAGGAUGAACUCAAGACCGAGACGGGUGGUGAGAGGAACAGAGGAAGCCCCGCUUAA